AGUCGUCAUAGCGAUUGUCUCAACUUGCAUGGCGGCGAACGCUGGUUUCAAAAUGGCGAAUUGUGACUAGGCCCCAGAACACCCAGACCUGUGAUACAAGAAACAUCGAAACUACAAUUCCCUAGCCUAUUAUGUUCUGAUUUCAGAAUAAUGGCAGCAGAAACUGUUGGGGUAGGGGACCCCGAGGGAGAAACUGAGGAUGCUACUUUAGAAUCUAAUUUUAACCUGAGCAGAGAAGCGAGUGAUGUGGAUGAUGCUGAGCUUUAUCCACUGAUGAAUGGCACUGGUGCCGGUUCUGAUGACGGCGAAACGCCAGCUGACGUUCCUUUUGCAAAGACAAAGCGGGAAGAAGAAAUGAUUCUUCAACUCAUUGCAAAUACUAAAGUUAUGAAGUCCACAUCUCUUGAUCUCAGUCAAAAAAAUCUUCAAACUUUACCCGAUGAGCUUCUUGAAUUGUCUCACAUUGAGUAUAUGUACUUGGAAGGAAACGACAUCGCAUUUCUACCAGAUGAGUUUUUCAAGUUUUUUUCUCGCUUGAGAUGGUUGGACUUGAGGAACAAUCAGUUGUCACGGAUUCCUUCCAUAUUCCUGUCAAACCAUGCCUGUCUUCGUAACCUCCUGCUAGAAGGCAAUAACCUGCGUAAUCUGCCACUGGAGUUGGGUCUAGUGAAGAGUUUGCAUGGCCUGAAUAUUGCUGGCAACCCCCUGGACUUUCCUCCACAGGAGAUCAUCGACAAGGGAACACAACAUAUUUUGAGCUUCCUCAGAAUGAUGAUGGAUGCCAAAAAUACAGCAAAAAUGGCAGACUUAGAGCUCAACUUAAGCGAAGAAGUGCAUGAUGGGUUUGAGCAGAUCAGCGCCAGCUCUGAUGACUGGAACACCACUGCUAGUAUGAUGGAUCUUGCCAAGAAACGUGAGGGACUCCAUAAAGUUCAGUCUGCAGAGGUUACUCCUUCAGGCGGGGACCACAACCAACUCACAGAAGAAGAGGAAUACAGUCUAGGUGCCAAGUCUGCUGAACUCCACCGGCCAGUUCGGCACUCGGAGAAUAAAUAUAAACACAUACAGAAGUUGAAAAAGGCGGGAGCUCUUGGAGUUGUCGACAAGAAAAAGAAAAAACAAAGCAAGAUGUCCUGGAAGGUGAACCCGUAUCCUAGUCCCCCACCUCAAGAAUAUGCAGCUUUUAGGAUGAAUGAGGAGAAGCAGCUUGCCAGAGUGAAGGAAUUCAGAGAAAAAACAGAUGCAAUAUUGCAAAGGCGGAAGGAUGAUGCAAUGCUAAAGAACUGGCGAGACGAGUCAAAAACUUUGCAACAGAAAAAAUACACCCAGAAUUUGUUACCAGGAAAAGACUAUGAAGUCACUGCCGAACAAGCUCCAUUUGGUGUUGAAAAAGACAGAAUGAAGGUGCUUUCUAAAGAAGAGAGAUUACGGGAUGAUUUGCGGCGGGAAAAAGAGAUAAAAGACCAACGAUCAGUUUCUCCAGCCACUAGACAACGAAUAGAGCAUGAGAAACAAGCCAGAAUUCGAGAUCUGGAGAAGCGCAUUAAGGAACACACUGCUGGAAUGGUUGAGAGAAGAAAGCAGCCAAAAGGAACUCCCCAGCAUGAAAUGGAGAUUGCUCGCCGAGAACUGGAGAUUGCUGAAGAGUUGCAUGGUGAGCUAUUGGAGCGGCGGAGAGAUAUUGAGUAUCGUUUCAAAGCCUUUGAUGCUGAUGUCACUUCCAUUGUCCGACCCAACAAGCAUGCACUAAAGCACUGAGUUUUUUUUAAUUUUGCCUUACUCCAUGAAACAUUGUAUUGUAUUCCCUGCCUAAAAACACCAAUGUGCAGUGGAGCGCUCAUGCUUCUUUUCUUUGGUUUUUCUUUCAAAUAUCAAUGUGAAGCCAAUUGUUUGGCUUUCUAAUUGCUACCUCUGCUCUUUUUUAAAAGAGAAAUAGGUCUACGAAGGGUCCUCUGUGUGAUUCAAAGAAUACUUCAUGAAACAAAUGUGUACAGUUUAGCAGAAUGUUUUUUUGUCAUAGAGUGCAUGUUGGCAGAGAAUGCUGUCUGUAUGUUUAUUUUAUUUAAAAGAGGGGCCUUCUUAUGUUUGAUUUUGGGCAUGGGCAAGGUACAUAAAGUCUACCCCGUGCUUAUGGGUGGAUGGAGAAAAAUCUGAAAAUUGGCUUAAUUUUUCACCAGGGCAAAAUUCUUACAUUGGAGUGACAGUUCAGGCUUUCAUUUAAUUUUAAUUCCUUCAGGGUGUUUAAAAUCAAAGAAACAGUGGUUAAUAUGAAUAAUUUAUGUGAAGCUUUGAAGUUAUCAUAUAUGGCUGCUUUAGAGGUAAGUGAUACUUGUAUAGAUAUCUACAAUCUGCAGAAAAAUGAGGAAUGCAUGUACAUCAUGUAGGCCCUAUAUGUACUUUAUAAAUCAGUUUUACUCUGUGGGUUGCAGGACCUUCUGUCAGCUACACCUGACUGAGAUGUAGCUGCUGACUGUAAAAGAAAUAGAAUACAAGAACGUGCAAAUAAAACCAAAUAACCAGGGUCAUUUUUUUUAAAAAAAUGUGUUCUCCCCAUUGAAGUUCCCAUAACAUAGAUGAUUUGACUGUGUAAAUAAUGAAUUCUCCAGUCUAUUAUAAAUUGAUGUGGUGUGAGCAGUGAUGAUUUCUGAUUAUGUAGGGAUACAGUGUACCUUCUUUAGUCUUGUGUUGAUUUGGUCAUGUUUGGAUGAGAGAAGAGGUUUAAUUGUUGUUGCUAUGCCAGAAUGGGUUUUUUACCUGGAUGAUCUGAUUAAGCCAACAUAGGAAGACACUUGUUGAGAUUUUGGAAUGAAUUGAAUUGUACAUUACUAAGCAUUUUUUUCCUAUAGUUAUCUACUAUUGCUAUUAGGACCCUGAUCUGUCACUUCAGACUACAUCAUAGUAUUGCUAUUUAUCUUUGCCCCUUCCUCUGGGUUUUUUUUCAUUCUUUGUAAAAGCAUUGUUUUCAUUGCCUUUGGGGCUGUCUGUCUCACUUAAUCUUUGUGUGUUUGAAUGUGUGUGUCUGUGAUGGGAAGCUGAUGAGAAAGAAAGGAAAGGAGAAACUUUUAGUGUGAUUGCUAAGCAUACACACAAUACAUGUACCUGUGCAGCUAGUCUGGAAUACAUUCAUGUGUAAAUGGGAUUUGUUGUCCUAACUCAACAGGCCAGGUCAUAAAUAGGCUGGGGAUACACAGGACAUUGAUUGUCUGUGUUGUAAUGAAAAUAUGUUCAGAGAUUUAUAAGUCUUGAACAAAACCCUGAAAUGAAGCUUUAUGAGAUGACAGCAAUAUGGCUAACAACUUUUGUUCACCAAACUUUGGCAGCCAUUUUGUUAGUAAUUUCACUUGUAACAUCAGGCAUAUUUUUAAAUGACACAUAUCUAGACUAGACUUCUAUGCAAUCAAUACUUUUUUUCCAUUAAGCUCAAGAAAAAUACACAAGCUUUAAUUUGACAAUAACUUUAUAACUUUAUUUAUAUAUAUGCUCCAAAAUUGAUGAGCGCCUGAUUCCACCAGGCUGCGAUAUAAGAAUUAGUUUAAGUACUUGAGAAGGGUGCCAAGAACAUGAGCUAAUAUUGGUUUGUGUAGUGUUUGUGUGUGUGUGAUUUGGGGAUUGAAGGGAUUUGAGAGAGAGAAAUUUCUCAAAGAAAGUAUAAGCGAGGAAAUUUGAAUGUCCACAUAAAUUAUUAUCUGGGUUUUGUUUCAAGGAGAAGGGAAGUGUUGAAAGUGACUGGUUAGUCGUGCUCUUAUUUAAACUACCAGUUCCGUUAGUUUUUUGAGGUAUGCAAUUAUAAAAGUGCAGCUAAGAUUCAAGUUAUACUUUUUGUUUCAGUUUAAGUCUCCUUUACACAUCUUUUGACAUACCUGCCAACUUUUCAAAACCAAUAAUUGCAGACUGCCCAUGAAGUAGGUCAAGAUGGUGGGCUAAGUAUCCGCCCUCUAAACCCUUCACGCACAUUUUUCUGCAAUCAAUAAAUUCAAGCUGUUCAAGACAGACUCGCAGCAAAAGAUCUCUCAAAUUGUCUUUUUAUGGGAUUAAUUCUCCUUAUUAUUUGCAAAUCUGAUCUUGAAAGUUCAUAAUUUUUCUUCAGCAUCAGCAAGUCUACGGGGAGCAAUAGUACAAAAGAAAAUGGAGAAUACGUAUUUUUGAAGGCUUCCCAUUUUUACACUAAAACAUACUAAACUUAAUACUCUUUUUACGUACUGGUUGGCAGCUAUGUUUGGAUAACGUAUUGUGAUUUUGUGAACUGAACACUUUAAAUCAACAAUUGUUUCUCCCUUUUUUAAAGGGGGAAAGCUAAGAAUAGGUACAUGACUGGUUUACAUACACAGGUGCUGUAAAUGUCUCUUGAAUUUAAAAUAUAUGGAAUAAAAUAAUCAUACUUCAAA